AUGUCUUCAUCCAUUCCCAAACUAGUUGGUAACACUCCACUCUCCGAAGCAGAUCCAGAACUCUUUGACCUCAUUGAAAAGGAAAAGAACAGACAAUGGAAGGGUCUUGAAUUAAUUGCUAGUGAAAACUUUACAAGCCAGGCUGUGAUGGACUGCCUCGGAAGUUGCCUUACUAACAAGUACAGCGAAGGACAAGUUGGAGCUCGUUACUAUGGAGGAAAUGAAGUGAUUGAUGAAAUUGAAAAAUUGUGCAAGGAGAGAGCUCUUUCUGCUUUUAAUCUCUCACCAGAAGAAUGGAGUGUGAAUGUACAACCCUACUCCGGAUCACCUGCUAACUUUGCGGUUUAUACUGGUCUAUUGCAACCUCAUGAUCGUAUCAUGGGUCUUGAUUUGCCAAGUGGAGGACAUUUAACUCACGGUUAUUAUUCUGGAAAGAAGAAAAUUUCUGCUACUUCCAUCUUCUUUGAAAGCUUGCCAUAUUGUGUGAAUCAACAGGGUUAUAUUGAUUAUGAUGGACUUGAAAAAUCAGCCAAAGUUUUUAGACCAAAAUUAAUUAUUUGCGGAGGAAGUGCAUAUCCAAGAGAUUGGGAUUAUGCCAGAUUGAGACAGAUUGCCACCGAUGUUGAAGCCUAUUUAAUGUGUGAUAUGGCUCACUAUUCGGGAUUGGUCGCUGCCAAAGAGCACAAUAAUCCAUUUGAAUAUUGUGAUGUUGUCACAUCCACUACACACAAAUCACUCAGAGGACCUCGAGCUGGUAUCAUAUUUGCCAAGAAGGAUCUCAUGCCAAAGAUUGAUUUUGCUGUAUUCCCUGGAAUUCAAGGUGGUCCACAUAAUCAUCAAAUUGCAGCCAUCGCCACUCAACUAAAGCAAGUACAAACUCAAGAAUUCAAGGAACAUAUCAAACAAGUGAAGGCCAAUGCCAAGACACUCGCCAAAUGUCUAAUUGACUAUGGAUAUACUUUGGCAACUGGAGGCACUGAUAAUCACUUGGUGUUGUGGAACUUGAGACCACAAGGAAUCACUGGAAGCAAGAUGGAAAAGCUUUUCGAUGCAGUCUCAAUCACAGCCAACAAGAACUCGAUUGCUGGCGAUCCAAAUGCAUUGUCACCAUAUGGAAUUCGUUUGGGAACUCCUGCUUUGACCACUCGUGGACUCAAGGAAGAAGAUUUCGAACGUGUUGCUGAAUUCUUGCAUCGUGGCUUGCAAUUGGGAUUGAGACUCCAACAACAAGCUGCCUCUCCCAAGUUACCAGACUUUUUGGCACAAAUUAAGCCAGAGGAUGAAGAAUUGAAACAAUUGAAGCAUGAUGUGGAAACGUUCGCUAAACAGUUCGGCAUUCCCGGUUGGAAUAUUGAAGAAAUGAAAUUCAAAGAUUAA